CAGAAAAAGCAAAAAAACAUGUUUACCAAAAAAAUCUGAAAAAUGAUGCAAAAAUAAUGCAAUUUUGCAAUAUUUGGGUGCUUGAUUUCCACAUUAUCCUAUCAGGCAGAUAAAAAUCAUAUCACAGAUCAUUGAGAUUGCAUUUGAAGAGUUUGGACACUCCAUCUCUCAUCAGCCAUGGACUACACUGCCUGCGGUAGCGUGCAGAAUAAGGUGUCAUGUCUCUUUCGUACCAUUUCUCUCGAGGAGCCGUCGAAAAAACGAUCUUACCAAGCGUAUCGGGUGAUCGCAUCUGAUGAAAUAAAAGAAGUGGCACAUGACCAUGACCUUGAGAAAGCACUGGUCACGGAAAAACUAGAUGGAACGUGUGUGUACGCGCAGGAAUUUAGAGGUAAACCAUGGCUGUGGGCAAGGCUUGACAGGAAGCCCAACAAGUUGGCUGAGAAGCAGCUGAGGAAGGUACAGGCAAAUCAAAGACUGUGGGAGAAGGAAGGUAAAAUGGGACCAAGGCCGGAUAUCACAUGGGAUGUUCUUAAAGAUUUUAAGGCUGUGCCCAUUGACUGGAUUCCUGCGACUGGAGUAGACAUUGUUAAUGAUAUACCUCAACCUGAUCAAAAUGGACACAUUCCUGGGUGGGUUCCUCUUGACCCAUCGUCACGGCAACAUUGCUGGCAUUUGACUACUGUAGAUCUGGAAAACGGAAUUGCUCUCGUCCUAAGACAUAUCAACAAACAUGGUGCUCAGCAAGAAAGAAUGCUGCAAAUAAGUCUUGUACCACUCGCGGAGAUUGCCAGACACACACUUGAGCUAAUCGGGACCAAUAUCAACGGAAAUCCUUAUGGUUUAGGCUGUAAGCAACACCCACUUCAUCUCCUGGUAGUACAUGGCUCUAUACACUGCCACAGCCCACCAAAACCCGACCAUAAAUCGAUCAUGGAUUGGUUCAGCUCAUGCUCAGAGGGCAGGAUUGAAGGGAUAGUCUGGCAUUGUAAAGAUGGACAACUCUUUAAGCUUCACCGCCAUCACCUUGGUCUCGAAUGGCCCGUGGAGAAUCUCCAUCUCAACUCACUACCAGUCAAAAUAGACAUUGAUCUCAGUCAAUAUGAACUCGAAUGUGACCAUACAUCACAGAUACGGAAACUAGCCAAACUUGAUGGCCAAACGGUGCCGCAUUUAAAUGAUUUGCUGAAAGAUGGAGUAACUGGACAAUGAAUGCAUUUCAAGAUAGUUGAAAGGAGUACUGAAUCGUUAUGUGGAUGAAUGUUUUGAGUUGAAAAUGUGAUAUGUGUUUUAUGUGCUUUACCGUUUGACUCUUCGCAAUGGACGUUAAUCUUCGUUUUGAAAAAUCAUCUGUUGACCACCAGGGACGUAAAACUACGUUCGAUUUUUCGUUUGUCGGGAGGCCAUCAGAUAGCUGCCCAACAGAUCCGCCGUAUCCUGGCUAUUGACAGUCAUGCUAGAACAGUUUUAUGAUUUGUCAAUGCUCCCUAAUUGGAGACAUUGCAGUCCUGUUGGUAGCCAUUUUGCAUUAAAACCAACUUACUGCAUCGAUGUGUUUAAGCUGGUUGAGAUAAACCUGUUCAAAUGGCCUAUUUUCUACAAUAGGCCUAUGUGAAUAGACACACCACAGUCAGCUUUAAACUUUUGGCACAGUAUCUCAUUCCCUACUUGUACCUAUUAAACUUGUGAGUGGUUGUAUCAAUGAUAAAGACAGAAAAAGCAAAGAAAAAAAUUAUAUGUUGUCUAAGUUCAUCCUCUAGGUCCAAAUGCGUUCUCUCUUGAGGAUUUGCCCCUGUUACAUCAUAAAGAUGUUUGUCCACAAACCAAUGGGAGUUGUUUUGAUGGGAGCAUUUUGCUGUCCUUGGAUGGAUUGUGAAAAAGAGUCAAUAUCAUAAUGGGUUCGGCCUAAAUCCUGCACAGGAAUUCGAUCAGAAUAAUUUAUUGUUAAAAUAUAUUGUAGAUAAAAGUGAUAACUGUUACAGGCCCACAGUACUAAUGUUUUGUAUGAAUCAAGUACGUAUGUUUAUGGACAUCUAAAUAAAUCAUUUGCAUGAUAAACAAAGAAUACCCCAAUUGUGAAAGGGAACUUAAGGCAGAAGCUAGGGGGUCAAACUGGUAAUCUUAAAGGCCUGUUUGUUAGAAAGUAUGACAUAUGGUAAACCCGGAAAUAAUCGCAAUCUUUUUAUUUUAAUCUGAACCACCUAGCUCCUGCCUCAGGGUAUUUCCUCUUUAAAACGGAACUGAAACUGAAACUGAAAGAUGUGUGUUGUAAUAUCAGUGUUGGUAAAUUUAAUUUAUUAUGGGAACAAAUAAAGAAAAUUAAAAAUA